CAUCUGCGCGCCCGCCCGCGGGAGUGGCCGGGGGCCGGAGCGAUGUCAGCGAUGUCGCUGCUGCGAUCGCUGCGCCUGUGCUUAGUGGCGCGGACCGGGAGCCGACCGGCGGGGUGCCUUGUGUUUCCCCCGGCCCAGCCAUGGCACGCGGUACACACGGGGCCCGGGCUGGCUUCCUCGGCCUCCAGCAAGGAGCUCCUCAUGAAACUGCGGCGGAAGACGGGCUACUCCUUUGUAAACUGCAAGAAAGCUCUGGAGACCUGCGGCGGGGACCUCAAGCAGGCAGAGACCUGGCUGCACAAGCAGGCGCAGAAGGAGGGCUGGAGCAAAGCGGCCAAGCUGCAUGGGAGGAAGACCAGGGAGGGCCUCAUUGGGCUGCUGCAGGAGGGAAACGCGGCUGUGCUGGUCGAGGUAAACUGUGAGACAGAUUUUGUUUCCAGAAAUUUGAAAUUUCAGCAGUUGGUCCAGCAAGUGGCCCUGGGAGCCAUGCUGCACUGUCGGAGCCUGGAGGAGCAGCCUUCCACGUACAGCAAGGGCUUCCUGAAUUCCUCUGAGCUCUCUGGACUCCCCGCUGGGCCUGACCGAGAAGGCUGUCUGAAGGAUCAGUUGGCCUUAGCAAUUGGCAAGCUGGGGGAAAACAUGACCCUGAAGCGAGCUGCCUGGGUGAAGGUGCCGUCUGGCUUCUACGUUGGCUCCUACGUCCACGGAGCAGUGCACAGCCCCUCGCUGCACAGCCUGGUGCUGGGCAAGUACGGGGCCUUAGUCGUCUGCGAGACGUCUGAGCAGAACGCAAACCUGGAGGACCUUGGCCGCCGCCUCGGGCAGCAUGUGGUGGGCAUGGCCCCUCUCUCUGUUGGCUCCCUGGACGAUGAGCCCGGGGGAGAGGCAGAAACCAAGAUGCUGUCGCAGCCGUACCUGCUGGACCCCUCCAUCACGCUGGGACAGUACGUGCAGCCGCAGGGCAUCUCUGUGGUGGACUUUGUGCGGUUUGAAUGUGGAGAAGACGAGGUGGCAGAGGCACAGUAGGUUCCAGAGACCCUGGGCCCAGGAGGAGCUGUUGUGUAGGGCUGGACAUCACUGCGAGAGUUGUUUCCUAAGCCUCCUUAAACCUCAGAUUUGUUUUUCAUUUGAGUUUAUAAUGAAAGUAUCACUUUGUGAGUAAAAUUACUAAACAAAAACGCUGUAUAAUAAAGAGUGGACCAUUUCCCUGCUUA